AUGGCUUCCUUGUUAAGUUCAAUCGCUAAGGCUAUCAAACCAGAGACCCAACAAAAGAAGGAGAAGGCUCAGCAAAAGACUGCUGCUGAAAGAGCUGCUCUUAAGAAGACCAGAAAACUCUCUAACAAAGAAAAGAGAAAGGUUAUCUACGACAGAGCUGCCAAGUACCAAAAGGAAUACACCGAUGCUGAGAGAUCAGUCAUCAAGGCUAAGAGAGAUGCUAAGGCUUCCGGCUCUUACUACGUUGACGCUCAACCAAAAUUGGUUUUCGUUGUUAGAAUCAAGGGUAUCAUGAAGAUUCCACCAAAGCCAAGAAAGGUUAUGCAAUUGUUGAGAUUGACUCAAAUCAACUCCGGUGUCUUUGUCAGAUUGACCAAGGCCACUGAAGAAUUGAUCAAAUUGGCUGAACCAUACAUUGCUUACGGUUACCCAUCAUUGUCCACCAUCAGACAAUUGGUUUACAAGAGAGGUUACGGUAAGAUCAACAAGCAAAGAAUUGCUUUGUCUGACAAUGCCAUCAUUGAAGCCAACUUGGGUAAAUACGACAUCUUGUCCAUUGAAGACUUGAUCCACGAAAUUUACACUGUUGGUCCAAACUUCAAGCAAGUCAACAACUUCUUGUGGCCAUUCAAAUUGUCUAACCCAACUGGUGGUUUCAGAUCAAGAAAAUUCCAACACUUUAUCCAAGGUGGUGACACCGGUAACAGAGAGGAAUUCAUCAAUGCUUUGGUCAAGCAAAUGAACUAA